AUGCACCCCACCCCCACUUCAGAGAGUGUCAUCGCCAUGAAGCUACCCUUCUGUGGCCACCACGUGGUCAGCCACUUCACCUGUGAGGUUCUGGCUGUUCUGAUGCUGGGUGGCGACACCUCACUAGGUGAGGCCCUCCUGCUAGCAGGUGCCAUCCUACUGCUCCCUGUGCCUCUGACGUUCAUCUACCUGUCCUACGUGCUCAUCCUGGCCACCAUCCUGAGGAUGGCCUCGGUCUCUGGGUGCUACACAGCCUGUGCCCCUUGCUCGGUGCACCUGGCUGUGGUGAUGCCCAUCUAUGACGACCCCAUCUAUGGCACUGUCAUCUCCAUGUACAUGAAACCCAAGAACCACAUCUCUGAUGAGGUAUUCUCCAUCCUGGAUGCUGUGGUCACACCCAUGCUGAACCCCAUCAUCUACAGCCUAAGGAACAAGGAGGUGAAGGAAGCUGUCAAGAAAGUGUGGGGGUAG